AUGGUAUGCUUAAAUGACGAAAUGGGUCCUAUUGCCGUGAUUGGCUUGUCCGGGCGGUUUCCUGGGGAAGCAACAAACCCUGACAAGCUGUGGGAAAUGUGCGCUGUAGGCAAGGAUGCAUGGUCACCAUUUCCCAGUAACAGAUUUAAUUCGGAAGCCUUCUAUCAUCCAGAUGGCGGAAGGAACGGUUCCACUAAUAUUCGUGGUGGCUUCUUCUUGAAGGAAGACUUGGCACAUUUCGAUGGACCUUUCUUCGGCCUCAAUGUCGCCGAAGCAGCUGCCCUGGACCCACAACAGAGACUUCUCCUUGAGUGCUCCUACGAAGCAUUCGAAGAUGCCGGAAUUCGUAUCGAGGAUAUUGCUGGUGAGAGCGUCGGUGUAUUCAUUGGGACUUUUGGUAAGGAUUGGUGGAACGUCACAUCAGAAGAUCCAGAUGCCAUCCCUAUGUAUUGGACGACAGGUGGCGGGCACACAAUGUUGUCCAAUAGGCUAUCGUAUUUCUAUGAUCUCUCCGGGCCGUCAUUUACGGUGGAUACAGCUUGCUCCGCGAGCUUGGUAGCACUGCAUCUUGCUUGUCAGUCGCUAAGAGCAGGUGAAUGUAGUUCUGCUAUAGUUGGGGGAGUGAGUUAUAUGUUGGAUCCAAAUGGCUUUGUCACAUUGAGUUCUGCGGGGUUUCUAUCUCCCGAUGGCAGGUGCCACAGCUUUGAUCAGAGGGCGAACGGUUAUGGCCGUGGGGAGGGUGUUGGGUGUGUAAUUCUCAAGCCCCUCAAUGAUGCUUUGAAGCAUGGGAACGUGAUUAGGGCCGUCAUAAGGAAUACAGGGAUCAACCAAGAUGGUAGAACACUUGGCGUAACGUUUCCGAGCGCCAAAGCCCAGGAGUCAUUAGCACGUAAAGUAUAUGCGCAGGCUGGCCUGGAUCCACUGGAAACAACAUAUGUAGAAUCUCACGGAACUGGAACACAGGCUAGCGAUCCUGUCGAAGCUUCUGCCUUGUUCGAAACCUUCGGCAAAGCACGAAGUGACCCUAUCCAGGUUGGCUCCGUCAAGUCGAAUGUCGGUCACCUUGAAGGUGCUAGUGGCGUGACCGGGCUGAUCAAGACCAUUCUUAUGUUGGAGCGAGAACAGAUACUUCCAAACUCUGGGUUUGAAACUCCGAAUAAACGCAUCCCAUUGGAUAAGUGGAAUCUGCAGAUUCCCACGAAGUCCUUGCCUUGGAUUCGCAAGAAUGGGGUUUUGAGGGCAUCAAUUAACAGCUUCGGCUAUGGCGGUACGAAUGCUCAUGUCAUUGUAGAAGACGUUCGUGGUUAUCUGCAAUCACGGGAGUAUGGAGAUUGCAGUGGAGCACUUACCGUAGUGGAGACUGUCAUGGCAGGUCCAGGAGACUCCACACCGGAAUCAAAAACAUAUGAUGACACCCUCUCCGAUGAGGGAUCUUCGCGGAAAGUUAGCACACCUGAUACUUCAGUAACAUCCCUCACGGGUGGUGUUGAUGUAGAAGACGGUGGCUAUGCUUCCACACGAGCUACAUGGGCUCCAAAGAGUCGUCUCUAUGUUAUCUCAGCUUAUGACGAGAACACCGGCAAGCAAUAUCUCAAGGAGUUGCAUGAUCACCUCUCAAAAGAAGUCGUUAAUGAAAAUGGACCCUUCAUGGAAAAUCUUGCGGAGACUUUGAGCAGGCAUCGUUCGUUGCUCCCCUGGAAAACAUCAAUGAUAGCUUCAUCUCUAUCCCAGAUCAUUUCAUCUCUUCAACAAGCAAGUCUCACGCAUUCCACGAAAUCACCAAGAGUGGGCUUCGUCUUUACUGGGCAAGGAGCACAAUGGUAUGCAAUGGCAAGAUCUCUUCUGGAUACUGAACCGUUCCGCAAGUCACUGGAUCUUUGUAACGGAGUACUCGAGUCUCUUGGUGCCGGGUGGUCGGUGGUCGGGGAGCUCCGGAAGGAUAAGUCGUUGAGUCGAGUUAAUGAAGCGGUUCUGAGUCAGCCCCUUUGCACCAUCAUUCAGAUUGCUUUGGUGGAUCUUUUGAGCUCCUGGAGUAUCACCCCUACGGCAAUCAUAGGUCAUUCUAGUGGUGAGAUUGCUGCGGCAUACGCAGCAGGAGCCUUGAGUCUCAAAGGAGCUGUCACUACUGCGUACCAUCGUGGCUUGGUCGUUGGUACUAAGAAACGAAACAACAUCCUCCACAAAGGAGCCAUGGCCGCCGUCCGGUCUACGAAAUCUGACGUUGUAGCACUGCUUUCUCAGCUACAAACAGGAAAGGCUCAUAUCGCAUGCCACAACAGCCCUCGUAGCUUUACGGUUUCCGGAGAUGAAUUUACGAUCUAUGAACUCAUCGACUUGUGUGCCUCUAAGGGGAUAUGGGCUCGAAGGCUUUUAGUCGAUGUCGCUUACCACUCACCAAAGAUGCAAGCCGUCGCCGAAGAAUAUCAAGUUGCAUUGUUAGCUGCAAGUGUAGGCUCAGACCCCUCGCAGAAGCCAAGUUACGAGCAAUACUCUUCGGUAACUGGACGAAAGCUUCAGUCAGGUGAUAUUACGCCAAACUAUUGGGUAGAGAAUAUGACGAAGCCCGUUCUAUUCUCUGACGCACUCCUCGAAAUGUGUACCAAGUCCAAAGGCCGGGCGUCUACCCAAGCCAAGAACAUCAGUUCCAUAGAUUUGCUGAUUGAGAUUGGCCCGCAUGGAGGGCUGGCUGGGCCUGUGAGAGAAAUCAUACAGUCCCAGCCUGCACUGGCAAAAAUAUCAUACAUUUCCGCCUUGAAUAGGGAGGAGGAUGCCGUGGAUACGGUGUUGAAACUUGCGUCCAGGCUCUUUGACCGAGGAUAUGCUGUCGAUAUCCAGGCGGUGAAUCAAGCUGCCCACCAGGGACAUCCGUCUCAACUGGUAAAAUUGCCAAGCUAUCCAUGGAACCAUUCUACGAGAUACUGGGCAGAGCCUCGAGUACAUAUGGACUAUCGACUAAGAAAGUGGCCGAGGCAUGAUCUACUCGGGGCAUCGGUAAAGUUUUCGAAUGCCCUUGAGCCUCGAUGGCGAAACUGGAUCAGACUUGCAGAACUGCCUUGGCUCCGAGAUCAUAGAGUACAGUCUCUGGUGAUCUACCCUGCAGCAGGCUACAUAUCUAUGGCUAUUGAAGCUGCACGUCAACGGGCUCUGGAGAUGAACCUAUCUAUAGAUGGGUACGACCUUCGGCAGAUCAAUGUUUCCCAAGCCCUGGUUAUUCCCGAGCCAUCUGGCCAAGUCGAAACAAUGUUAUGCAUGAAGCCAUUUCCAGAGAGCUCUAGAUCGUCUUCUGGAACCUGGCACGAAUUCUUCGUGUAUUCGGCAUCAGGCACAGGCAAAUGGAUCGAGCAUUGCCGUGGACAGAUAUCCAUUCGGCAAUCAACGCUGCUCAAUGAUAUCGAUGGCAAGAGGCAAAUGGAGAUGACACGAUCUGCUUAUGCACACCAGAAGUUUGAAGCAGAGUUACAGUGCACUCAUAUGAUUCCGGGAUCUGAGUUAUAUGCCCAAUGUGCAAAGAUUGGGCUUGAAUAUGGUCCUAGUUUCGCAAACAUGACGAAUGCACGAGUGGGCGACGCUCGCGAGAACCUGACUUGUUUAAGAAGUACGGGGACGGUCAUCCACCCGGACAUCGAAAAGGUUAUGCCAGCGAACUAUCAUAGUCCUUUUGUCAUUCACCCCGCCACUUUAGACGCUUUCUUCCACGUCGCAAUUGCUGGGAUGGAACUCAAGACGGUCGCAGUACCAACGUUCAUCUCGAGUGUGUUCGUCUCGAGUAACUUGUCGCCGCAGACACAGCACCAAUUCUCCGUACUUGCUACGAUCAAUAAAGGCAGCGCACGAAAUCCAAAAUUCUCUUUGGAUGUCUAUGAUAGUGAGGCUGACCCUGACUUCCCUUCCUUAGAGGUUCAUGGGCUCGAGUCGACAUCUUUGAAUGGCCAGGCAGGAGACCAAAGCAUCGGUAAACUGAGAAAGUCCUACUAUCGGACUAAGCUCCGCCCUGACGUAUCACUAAUGUCUCCAUCCCAAUUUUCUGCACAUUGUAGUCCUUUUCAACCAACAAGUGAAGAUUCUCAGCUUGCAGCGUUGAUCGACGAGGCAUUCUAUUACAUGGCCGAUUCAACAAUGAAGCACAUCCCGGAAACUGCCAUUUCUACAUUAUCAUCCAAAGGCGUCAAGCUGUAUCACUCAUUACAACGAGUUGUGAAACAUGUGGCUAGUGGUCAAGUCCCUUUCGAUGUCUCUAGCUGGCUCACGAAGACCGAUGCCGAGCGUGAAGUAAUAUUGGAGAAGGCCCGCAACUCUGGCGACGAAGGAAAUUUUGCCGUCGUCGUCGGCGAGCAGUUUCAGGGUAUUAUUGAGGGAACAGUUGACCCCCUGGCGCUGACAAUGAGAAAUGAUGAGUUGGGUCGGUAUUAUGCCAACAACACGCGAAUGACGCAUGAGCAAGCUACAAUUUUGGUCGACCUCCUCGCCCACAAAAAUCCACACCUGAGAGCCCUAGAAGUUGGGGCUGGCACUGGAGGAGCCACUCUCCCAAUACUAACAGCGCUUGGGGGCAUGGACUCCAGCACUUCGCCUCGCUUCCUCUCCUAUCAUGUCACUGAUAUCACAACGGGAUUCUUCGAGAAGCUUCAACAAAAAACAACCGCAUGGGGUGACCUCGUCAGCUAUAGGAAGCUGGAUAUAGAGAGGGAUAUUGACCUUCAAGGCUUUGAGGCGGAAUAUUAUGAUCUUGUAAUUGCUGCUAAUGUGCUGCAUGCAACAAAAAACAUGAGUCGCACAAUGGCUAAUGUUCGGAGACUUCUGAAACCGGGUGGUACGCUACUUCUGAUUGAGUUGAUACCUAAAAUUGCCGGCUUCACUAAUAUAUUUGGUAUUUUUGACGGAUGGUGGUUCGGCGAGGAGGAAGAUCGGAGAGACUCUCCUCUCAUAUCGGAGGAAAGAUGGGACAAAAUCCUCAGAGACACAGGAUUCAGCGGUCUCGAUUUCAGUCUACCAGAUACAACGGACGUUAUCGCUCACCAAGGCACGACAAUGAUAUCCAGAGCUACCACAACCAUCGAUCAUCUUAGCAACAAUGCGUCCGUCUCUGUUCUGCCUCAGGCUCAAGACUCAGAAAACAUUGUCCUCGUGGGUACAGACUCAAACACGAUCAGCAACUCGGACAGGAUCAAACAUCACAUCUCAGAACAUCACAAGCUAGGGAGAGAGAUUGGAGAAGUUGCCAACUUCUCCAAUCUUCAGCCUGAUGGUCGAGUCUAUAUCUUGCUAGAGCUGGAGAGUUCGAUCUUGAGGGACAUGACAGAGCCCAGAUUGAAGACUUUGAAGGAACUAUUCAGUCAAAGCAAAGGGAUCCUCUGGGUCACAAGAGGAGCUUCCCAUCUGCCCACCAACCCGGAUUUGAGUCUCGUCUCUGGUCUUCUUAGAACACUCAGAAUUGAGACUGGUCGACCCCUAGUCCACCUGGAUCUUGAUCCAAGAUCGGAUCUCGAAACAUCAGCUAACGCCAUAGCGAAAGUGUACAAGAGCAGGUUUGAGAACGACGACGUUGAGUCAGAAUUUGUUGAACGUGAAGGUUUCAUCUUAAUCCCUCGCCAUAUGGAAGACGAUAAGACUGGGGCCCGCAUUGCUGCCAGAAUUGGCAACUCAACACCAGAGAUCGACACAAUACCCCAGACGGGACGCUCCUUGAAGCUGCAAAUUGCCCAAUUUGGCCUUCUCGAUACCUUUUACUUUGAUGAUGAUGUACGUGUAGCGGAUGAGCUUCCACAUGAUCACAUCGAAAUCGAGGCAAAGGCGAACGCACUGAACUUUCGGGAUGUCAUGACGGCUAUGGGACAGAUAGAGUCUACUGAGCUAGGUUAUGAGUGCAGUGGGGUCGUUUCCAAGGUAGGAUCAGAUGUCCAGUAUCUCGCGGUAGGUGACAGAGUAAUGGCUACUGGAGAUGGAAUAUUUUCCACGUAUGUACGCCUACCUGAGUUCGCUGCAUGCAAGAUCCCGGACGAUAUGGAUUUCGAUACCGCUGCUUCAAUUCCCGUCGCGUAUGGCACAGCGUACCAUUCCCUCCAAGCAGCGAGGCUGGUCAAAGAGGACACUGUUCUGAUUCACGCCUCAACGGGGGCACUUGGUCAAGCAUUAAUCAUGAUGUGUCAGCAUGUCGGUGCUCGAAUCCUGGCUACAGUUGGUACGUCAGAAAAGAAGACUUUCUUGAUGACACAAUUUGGAAUCCCCGAAGAGCAAAUUUUUUACAGUCGAGAUAGCAGCUUCAAACAGGGCAUUAUGCGUGCAACGGACGGAAAAGGAGUCAAUGUCAUCUUCAACUCACUCUCGUCUGAGCUCCAACGGGUUACUUGGGAAUGCAUAGCUCCGUUCGGGCGGUUCAUCGAGCUGGGACGACGCGAUUUCAUUGUCAACUCUCGGCUUGAACAAGCUCAGUUUCUCAACAACGUAACAUUCGUGGGGCUAGACUUUCGUCAUAUGACCAUAACCAGUGCGCGGUAUAGCCAGGAAGCAUUCCACGGAUAUAUGGACUUGAUUCGGUCGGGGAUUCUCAAGGCUCCGCAGCCAAUCUCGACUUAUGGGAUAAGUGACAUAGAGAAAGCAUUCCGCAUAAUGCAAAGAGGAGAGCAUAUCGGUAAGCUUGUUAUCAUGGCAAAGGCAGGCGAGCGAUCCAAGGUGAGCACUCUAGUAUUUGCUGAAUUUCAAAUACAGGUAAUGCCUCGAAAAGCUCCACGAAUCGUUCUUCAAGUGAAUGCAACGUACGUUUUAGUUGGAGGAAUGGGUGGGAUAGGCCGAGCACUUGCGGUAAGGCUUGUUGAGUGGGGUGCAAGAAAUCUGGUCUUUCUUUCUCGCAGUGGCGCCACAACACCAGCAGCGUUGGACCUGAUCAAGCUUCUGCAGAAUUCUGGAGCUGUUGUGGAGGUAAUAAAAUGCGAUAUCGGGGAUUUUGACCAUCUAGAGACCGUUGUCAAGGAAAUAACGCAGCAAUUGCCUCCAAUCAAAGGCAUGUUCCAUCUCGGUAUGGUCAUGCAAAGCGCACUAUUCGAGAACAUGAGAUUGGACGACUGGACGGAUUCGUUACUUCCCAAAGUGCAGGGUACAUGGAACCUUCACAAUCUCCUCCCGAAAAAUCUCGACUUCUUCGUUCUCAUAUCCAGCAUCGUAGGCAUUAUGGGGAAUGCUUCCCAGUCCGCUUACGCCGCUGCCUCGUCUUUUCAAGAUGCAUUCUCGGCAUAUCGCAAUCAUCUAGGUUUACCUGCAAUCACAGUUGACUUAGGCUUGGUUGUUGGGAUAGGCUAUGUUGCUGACCGAAACAUACUCGAAAGCAAACUAAAAGCGCAAGGACACGACGAUAUCGGUGCGGAUGAAUGUUUGGCAAUCAUCGAGGAAACAAUAUUGCAAGCCUUCCAGUCUGAACAUAGCGGCAAUCUCAUCACUGGAUUUGGCCUUGGCAAGUUCACUGGUGGAGAUAUUCACCAUGCGAGCCACCAGACUCCCCUGUCAUCACAUGCCAGAAGGCUAGCUCUGGGCGCAUUCUCAGGAAACGCGCAAAAAGAAGAAUCGACAGCAUCGCUAAGAGUCCGCGAAUUGUUGCGCACUACCACGUCCCUCGUGGAUGCCGAAGCACAAGUCUUAGAGGCAUUGCAGAUGAAAUUUUCAAAUUUGUUAAUGCAUUCACUGGAUGACAUCGAUGCUUCAAGACCAUUGAGCUAUUACGGCCUAGAUUCGCUGGUUGCAGUAGAGAUGAGAAACUGGAUAGCCAGCGAGAUUGAGGCAACAGUCCCAGUGCUUGAGUUGCUUGGCAAUCAGAGUAUUUCGGAUCUUUCAAAGUCGAUUGCACGACAGUCAAGGAUUUUGAAGAAGCUUCUGUCUUAAGAGUGUUCAAAUGCUUUUUGAAGAACAAGAGGAGAGCUAUUUGAAAGAAGGAAGAGGAAGAAGGUAGACGGCGAAGGCGAAUAUGGCAAGGUAAAGGUAAAGGGGUAAUUAUGCGAUAAAAAUGGAAAAAGUUAAUAAGCGCCAGGCUUCUUAAAUAGUUUAUACCCGAGCUUAAGCUCUGGGUAAGCCAAGGGCGGCCAAUCGGGUGGCGAGAGAAAAGCUUUAGCUGCGUCUCUGAGGUCCUGCGACAUAAGGCGCUACUAGAGGACAUCCGGUGUGAGAGGUCAAGUGGUGAAAAUGCCGAGAGCUCGGGCUCAGGUUAAACUGUAAAGAGGCGGCAUCUGUGUGAUCAGAGGAGCAAGGCCUACAGCGGUAGGCGAAACUGGC